AUGUGGCCUACCGACAUUAUUAAGGGCCUGGUCCUGAUUUUGAGCAGGCCUGAGUCAAGGGAUGCUGGCAAUAAGGACAUAGAACAGUCCCUCACUGACCUAGGCUCGCAACAACCCCACAUUGCUAAAUUUGCUAAAUUUCGUGUGAAUUCUCCACUGAUACUUUUGGAAACCAUAGUCUCGAAGACUAUCGAACAAAAAGAAUGCUGGCAGCUCGUGAUAAAAAGCGUGAACGUACCGCCGACGGUGAAGGCCGACGACACCGAUUACGUGAUCCUGGACUGCGACUACGAUCUCGAGAACACGUCGAACAAGGGAUUAGUCGUGAAAUGGUUCUUCAACACCAACGAAGUGGCUUACCAAUGGAUAUACGGCAGGGACCCUUUGGCCGGGGAUACCGCGCGGAAGUACGUCGACCUGAAGUACAAAGCCAGCGACGAUCCGUACACCAAGUACCGAGCCAUGAAAUUGAAUAAGCCCGGUAUCGAUCUUACCGGCGAGUACACGUGCGUCAUAUCCACUUUCGCGGACGAGCGGUCUGCGAGCGCCUCCAUGGUCGUGUAUUCAACGGAGGACAAAUUCGAGCUUGUAAAUAGAAAGAAAACUAUAGAUGAUAAGGAUGGGGUGGAGAUAACGUGCAUGGCAGAAGGACUAUAUCCACAACCCACCCUGGAUAUAUCCAUCGAGGGUGUUCCGGAAAAGCAAACAGCGAAGCCCACCGUUACGCUGCGUGACGAUGGACUGUACGAUAUCUUAUCACGAACGGCCUUACUGGACGAAGAUUUACCGGAAGCAGCGAUUGUCAAAUGCUUGCUCGGUAUACCGAAGGCGAACUACAACGUUUCCCACAAAACCGUCUACUAUCCCGGAACGCCUACUACUACUUCAACCGCUACAACGAAGCUGCUGCACAAAAUGGAGAUCCAAGCGCUAGACAACUCAGGGCCUGGCAAUGGUGGUGGAAAUUUCGCUGGUCAAUUGCCAAGUAAUAUCCUGCUAGUCGUGAUGCAUCUGGUAUUGAUCAACAUGUUCAAUUAACCGUUUGAUCAUUAGGUGGCCGCCUAAACGAAGUCCCAAACGACUGGCGAACAGGUGUUAAGGGUCCGCCGUUCCGACCUAUCGUCUUGUGCUACGCCUAAGAUACUUAUCGACAGACACGGUGUGCCCACGUUAAAUGUUGUUUCACAAAAUGCGACAAAGCCAAGCGUCGAACGUGAAGCAAGUCAAUGUUCGUCGUUCGCGCGCGAGAAAGUCCUGUUUGUAACUCUGUAACACACACGUACAAAUAGUAACACGUAAAUACACUAACACACAUACACACACGACAUACGAAGAUACAUUGUACACGCUGUUUAGAGUGUUAUUUGUACUCGUAACGAAAUUUUAGUUCGUCGUGGCUAACGUGGACACGAUUUAAAAACCAAAGAUGUGUAGGUAAAAACCUGUUGAUCGAGGGAAAACGAGAAAAUGAAAGGAAAUCUUCUUCGUGGCACGGCGUUGUAAAUAAUGUUCAAGAUUUGAUCGUAUUACAGUUCGAGUCAUAUUGUAGACUGUGUUUGUUACUCUUCGUGUUACGUCAGAUUCAUAAUAUAUUGUUUAAAUGAAUAAGAUGUAUGGAACUUUACAUACGAUAUACAACAGA